AGGCUGAAAAACUUGGUUGUGAAGGCAAAGUUGAAGAAGCUCAAGGAGUCAUGAAGCUGGUCGAUCAGUUGAAAGAAGAACGGGACAUGCUCACAUCAAAGGUAGACACUGAAUAUAAUUUUUUUAAUUUUUUUUUUAUUAGUUUUACAAUAAGAAAUUGAAGGCACAGACAACAGGACUAAUAAAGUCCCAAAUUAAGUCCUGCCAUACAUGAAAAUACUACGCUAUACUAUGCUAUACUAUACUAUAAACGGUUAUAAAAUUAACAAAAUACAUAGCUAGUUACAUAUUUACAGUAUUACACAUAAUUACAUUCGUACAAAGACUCAGAACAUGCACUUCUACGAACAACAAGACAUAAAACAAGAACGACAUUUAGAGCAAAACGUUUUCCAAGUCCUUGGCCUAUUAACAUCAAAACAUGCAUUAACUUUCUGAGUGUAGUGAUUAAAAAUUAUACAGGGCUUUCAAAAAGUUGAUAAAGUAGGCGGCUGUGUGGAGCGGUCUAGGGAGUCUUAAAGUCGUCCAAAUAAACUAGACUUAAGUGUAUAAUGAUUAGAUAACAACAAAACUGAGCUCUGGAACCAAAUUAUAAUGUAUCACUACUUUCAUUCUUCAACAAGAUAACUUUAUGAUGGCAAAUAACUAAAUCAGUUUUACGAAAUACUAUGUCGUUUUCGAAAAUAACCAGGCUAUAAAGUAGGCCAGAUUGAGGACAAAAUAACUGAGGGUGGAGAGAUAGCUACUGUAGGUUGAGGGAGAUAGGUUGAAGGAGAUAGGGGAGAGUUGAUAUUUCAAGUACUGAAGAACGUGACCGACGGUGAAACUCCGGUAGCCUUUUUUGAAAGUCCUGCUUCGUAUUUCUGAUGGAAAGAUUUUAAUAUGCAGGUUAAAGACCCAACUUUCAAUGGUCAAGAAAAGUUGAUGGAAGUUUGUGAAGUUUGUGGAGCAUUUCUCAUCAUUGGCGAUGCUCAGAUCCGUGUUGACGAUCAUCUUCAAGGCAAACAACAUAAAGGAUAUGCUCAGAUUAAAGCUGCCGUUGAAGAAAUGAAGGUAAGAUGUGUUUUCAUAAGACUAAAACUAGUCCACCAGUCGAUUGAAAAAUUCAAAAUUUAAAUCUAGAACAAAUCGUUCACAUAUCUUUCCUUAUAUAUACACUGGUCUAUACAGUCUGGUCAAGAAUUAAAAAAGACAUGUUAACACCGCGUGUUAUGAAUUCUCAUCAUAAUUUGUUUAUUUUAAGAACCGUCCAUGGCUGAACAGAUCCACAUCCAAAGAUUGCGGUGAAAAUGAGAAGAAAGGCUUGGAUGACAAGGAGAAAAGUUCAGAAGAUAAAGACAAACGUUCAGAAGACAAAGACAAACGUUCAGAAGACAAAGACAAACGUUCAGAAGAUAAAGACAAACGUUCAGAAGAUAAAGACAGACGUCCAGACAGCGAUCGUGAUAGACGCCGAGAUCGUGACGGUGAUCGCCGAGAUCGUGACGGUGAUCGCCGAGACCGUGACGGCGAUCGUCGAGAUCGUGACAGUGAUCGUCGAGAUCGUGACGGCGAUCGCCGAAGCCGUGAUCGGAGAGACCGUGACCGCGAUAGACGCGAUCGGGAUAGGGACCGUGACCGACAUCGGGACAGAGAUCGCCGACGAGACCGGAGCCGAAGUCGGGACCGUGAUCGGAAACGAAGCAGUCGCGAUGGUGAACGAAGUCGUAGCCGAGAGAAAGAAGACAGUCGCGGACGAGAUGACGAAAGACGGCGAGAAAAAGACGACAGCCGCCGACGAGAUGACGAAGAUCGCCGAGAGAGUGGCGAGAAGAAGUCCAAAGAUGAGAAGAAUGAAGGUAUUGAAAUAGAGGGACAAGAAGCAAGUUCUUCGAAAGAUGAGAAAAUGGUGGAGGAAGGAAGUCGUUGGAGAAAAGUGGAAGGCACGGCGACAGAGGAGAAAGAAAUCCCGAAAGGUAGUCAAGAUGAGACAAGGUAAGUUGUUGUUCCCUUUUCACACUAGGUUGAACAAUCUGGUUGGGCUCUUGGCGAAUAAAUCUCUCGAUUAUGCAGAAGUUGCAGGUAUAACUUUUUGUUAUUCAGAAAGGCAAUAAGAUUGAAUUUUUAACGUUUCACAAGAAAUUGCGUUUUAAAAUAUACUCGCAUGUUUGACUAAACGUGUAUUGAACACGGUACUGCUAUAAUGGCAUGGCAAUGUUGUCAUGUUCGGAUGUAAACAAGAAGAUGUGCAUUCAUCGAGUGGGGGAGAGGUUGGUUUCAAACGGAGAAGUUAUGACUCGGCACUUGUUCUGCGAGAGGUACAAAUUUUCUAACAGUCAUGUAGUGUUCAUGUUUUAACCAUGGCAAUGUAGUACAUGUUUACAAUAGUUAUAGGUGUGUUUCUGCAUGUAUGAACUUUUAUAUGUAACGUGUUUAAAGGUUAUAUACCUGGCUUUGUAGUAAUCCUGCAAUGUUUAAUUUCAUAUCAAACAGCAAUAUAAAACCAGGAGUAUUUAUUCAAGUCAAUGGAAUACUCAGGUAUCAUAGUUUAUUAAUAUCAUCAGGCACGGUUUAAAUCAUAAUAUAUUUUGUUCAAGAGUUGCGAAGCUAUGGGUUUUCCCCAAUAACUAUAGCUACUGAUUCUAGUGAAACCCCCAUUAUGGAUUUAAAUAUGCAUAUAUAGUUUAUGGACUGUCAUUGUUUAUGGCGGCACCAAAGAGAAAAGGGUUGGGUAAACAAAAUUUUGACUGAGUGAAAGGUUGCGUAAAUGAAAAACAAAACAACUCAAGGGUUGGGACCACUUGGGUAAUAAAAAAUAUAUUGUCAUUUCCAAAGCUUGACUCACUCAAAUAUUGAAGACUAAAAAGCAUUGUCAACAGUCAUAUAUCAAUACAAUAUGUAAAUCAAUCAAUCAGAGUCACUAUCAUCGCAUGGAGAACGAUGGGAUUUUCAAAAGAAUGAAAAGACAAUUGAACAUUUCCAUCAAUGGCGAUGGCUCAUGGGAUGUACAACAUUCUUUUUAAGCUUGUAAAAUUUUUGAACACGGUUGCCCAAAUAAUAGUAUAAACACCUUAGGUAUACGGGAAAAUAAAGACUUCUUUGUGCCAUUAAAAAACGACUCAGCUAACAUUAGGUAUUGUUUCCUAUUUAGUGUGCCCGAAAAAAACGAUGAAGAAAUGUUGUGAUGGAUGUAGCGAUUCAAGGUUCGACCUGCUGUCACGUUUUGUGGUCCUGCUGUCCUGAUUCAUUUCUACAAAGUUAUAAAGACCUUAGAAUGCUCGUAGUUUGUCAUAGUAGGUUAGUGGUAGUGUAAUUAGCUUCAGUCUAAAUUUGGGGAGCGUUGAUUAGAAUCAAACUAUAAUUAUAGCCAUAUAUAUUUAAUCAAGUUUUGAAAGUUAUUAGUGUAUUUAAUCAUGCAUGUUAGCUUUGUCUUGGUAUAUUGUUUAGUAGUUUUGUGAUAUCUAAUAAAAUGUGAAUUGUGGUUUACU